AUGGCAGAUAAGAAGCUAGAACUCAUAGGCAAAUUGAAAAAAACUGUUGGAACUGUUCAGACUGGCAAGAAAAACUUAAAUGUUGUGGUUAUUGGUACUGCUGGUUGUGGAAAAAGUUCGUUUAUUAACACAGCACUAACAAGCUUCAGACAAGAUAAAUGGCGGCUGUAUUCAACAGUUGGGAAAAGCAGUGGGAAUACUACCAAUAUCACACAACAUUUCAAGAGUUUCCGUGCUGACGACACUUAUUACAAAGAAGACAAGAAGGUCUUGUUUCCAACUUUUAUCGAUAUCAAUGGUUUGGAAAAUGAAGAAGAUAACUUCAAUAGGGCGUUUCUGAGAGCCUUGUUUGAUGGGAAAGUUGAAGAGGAUGAACAACUUACAACACUUUUGAAAAUGUUUAAAUCCAAUCCAAAAGGGUUUAAGAAAACAAUAUCAGGACGUACAGAAUAUCUUAAAAUAAAUCGAAUUGUUGUCAUUACAUCCGCAGAUCCAUCCGAACAAUUACCAAAAGAUUUGUUAAAAUGUGUAAAAGAAGUAGCAGACGACGUUAAAGGAAUUCCAAUAUUUGGGGUGAUGACUAAGAAAGAUAAAUUCAAAAAAAAUGAGCAGAUCUCAAAGAGAAUCGACGAUUUCAUUGGUAAUUUGGGAAUAACCAAGGAUAGUUUUAGAUAUAUAGAAAACUAUUGUCCAGAUGUUGACAAGAAAAUGAUGUACCAUAUGACAGUCUAUCCGUCUAUUGAUGUCCCAGUACUGAAACUAAUUACCCAGGUGAUAAAUCCUGAAAUAGGUCGUAAAGAUUUAAUGAAAGAGAAGCCUGGUUUCUUUGAAACAAUCAUCCUGAAAGUAGUCAAAUUAGUUUCUACUCUUAUACAGAUUGUUAUAUGGGUGUUUCUCUUGGUUGUAUUUAUAAUCGCGACUUACGAAGACAAGCACACGGAUCUAUGUACAGUUUACAAGACAUUAGGCAAACAAUUAGGCUUCAUAUCACCAAAUAUUGGUAGCAUUUGCAAAGAGCAGAAAAGACAGAUCGUGACAUCUUUAUUACCUAAUUAA